GCUGCGCCAUCAACGGCACCGAGUGCCGGGCCGGCUGGCCGGGCCCGAACCACGGCAUCACCCACUUUGACAACCUGGGCUUCUCCAUGCUAACGGUGUUCCAGUGCAUCACCACGCAGGGCUGGACCGACGUCCUCUACUGGGUCAACGAUGCGAUCGGAAUGGAGUGGCCGUGGAUCUUCUUCACCACCCUCAUCAUCGUGGGCUCCUUCUUUGUGCUGAACCUGGUUCUGGGCGUGCUCAGUGGUGAGUUCACAAAGGAGCGCGAGAAGGCCAAGUCCAGAGGAGAGUUCACCAAGCUGAGGGAGGCGCAGCAGCUGGACGAGGACCUGGAGGGCUACAUGGACUGGAUCACUCAGGCCGAGGUCCUGGACAACGAGCAGGAGGCGCAGGGUCUGCUCAGCUCGGAGAACGGGUCCGAGACGGGAAGCGUCAGCAAAAUGGACGCCAUCCAGAAGAUCGUCCACUACUAUAAACUGGCCCGUAAGUGGAACCGCUGGCUGCGGCGCCGGUGCCGUGUGUCUGUGCGGUCCGGCCUGUUCUCCUGGUGGGUCAUAGUUCUGGUGCUGCUCAACACGCUGGCCAUCGCCACGGAGCACCACAGGCAGAGCCCGAGGCUGAGCAGCUGGCAAGACAACGGCAACAAGCUGCUGCUGUCCAUGUUUGCGGUGGAGAUGCUGAUGAAGAUGUACGCUCUGGGGCUGCCGUCCUACUUCCUGUCGCUCUUCAACCGCUUCGACUGCUUGGUGGUGUCCAGCGGCGUGGCCGAGCUGCUGCUGGUGCACGCGGGCGUCGUGUCCGCCAUGGGCAUCUCGGUGCUGCGCUGCAUCCGCCUGCUGCGCCUGCUCAAGGUCACCAAGUACUGGACGUCGCUCAGUAAUCUGGUGGCUUCCCUCCUGAACUCGGUGCGCUCCAUCGCCUGCCUGCUGCUGCUCCUCUUCCUCUUCAUCGUCAUCUUCUCGCUGCUCGGCAUGCAGGUGUUCGGGGGAAAGUUCAACUUCCCCGACCUGCCCAAGCCCCGCAGCACCUUCGACAGCUUCCCCCAGGCGCUCAUCACCGUGUUCCAGAUCCUGACGGGCGAGGACUGGAACGUCGUAAUGUACGACGGCAUCAUGGCGCACGGCGGGCCGAGUAUGCCGGGGAUCCUCGUCAGCAUCUACUUCAUCAUCCUCUUCGCCUGUGGAAACUUCAUCCUUCUGAACGUCUUCCUGGCCAUCGCCGUUGACAACCUGGCGGAGGCGGAGUCUCUGACUCUGGCCCAGAAGGAUAAAGCAGAGGAGAUGAAACGCAAGAAAGCUCUCAGGGCCAACAUGCCCGACAAGGCUUCAGAGGAGAAAGCCAAUCUGGCGAAGAAGCUGGCGGAGCAACGGGCCAAAGGUGUGGAGGUCAUCCCCACCACGGCCAAGCUCAAAAUUGACGAGUUUGAGUCCCACGUCAACGAGAUCAAGGACCCGUUCCCUCCGGCGGACUUCCCCGGUGAUGAUGAGGAAGAGGACCCAGAGAUCCCCGAGAGCCCCAGACCUCGCCCCAUGGCAGACCUGCAGCUGAAGGAGGAGGCGGUGCCGAUGCCAGAAGCCAGCUCGUUUUUUAUCUUCGGACCUCAGAACAAGUUCCGGAAGCUUUGCCAUCGUAUCAUCAACGCAACAACCUUCACCAACAUCAUCCUCCUCUUCAUCCUGCUGUCCUCCGUCUCCUUGGCUGCCGAGGACCCCAUCGACCCCAUGUCCUUCAGGAACCAGGUGUUGGCCUCCGCCGACAUCGUCUUCACGUCUGUGUUCACAGUGGAAAUUGUUCUCAAGAUGACCACAUAUGGCGCAAUUCUUCACGAAGGGUCCUUCUGCCGGAACUCCUUCAACAUCCUGGACCUGCUGGUGGUCAGCGUGUCCCUCCUGUCCAUGGGCAUGGAGUCCAGUGCCAUCUCCGUGGUGAAGAUCCUCCGGGUGCUGAGGGUCCUCCGGCCCCUGAGGGCCAUCAACAGAGCCAAGGGACUCAAGCACGUCGUCCAGUGUGUGUUCGUCGCCAUCAAGACCAUCGGGAACAUCGUGCUGGUCACCAUGCUGCUGGACUUCAUGUUCGCCUGCAUCGGAGUCCAGCUGUUCAAGGGGAAGUUCUACGCCUGCACGGACCCGGACAAGAUGACCGAGGAGACGUGCAAAGGCUGGUACAUCCGGUACCAGGAGGGGGCGCUGCAUGAGCUGGAGGUCCACCCACGGGAAUGGACCAACGCCGGGCUGAACUUUGACAACAUCCUCAACGGCAUGCUGGCUCUCUUCACCAUCUCCACCUUCGAGGGAUGGCCCAAGAUACUAUAUAAAGCCAUUGAUUCAAACUUGGAGGACAAAGGCCCGAUGUACAACAACCGAGUGGCCAUCUCCAUCUUCUUCAUCAUCUACCUCAUCCUCAUCGCCUUCUUCAUGAUGAACAUCUUCGUGGGCUUCGUCAUCGUCACCUUCCAGGAGCAAGGAGAGCAGGAGUACAAGGACUGUGAGCUGGACAAGAACCAGCGCCAGUGUGUGCAGUACGCCCUGAAGGCCCGCCCCCUGAGAUGCUACAUCCCCAAGAACCCGUACCAGUACCAGGUGUGGUACAUCGUCACCUCCUGCUACUUCGAGUACCUCAUGUUCCUCCUGAUCAUGUGCAACACCAUGUGCCUGGGAAUGCAGCACUGUAACCAGUCGGACCACGUGACCCACCUGUCGGACAUGCUCAACGUGAUCUUCACGGUGCUCUUCACUGUGGAGAUGGUCCUCAAACUCAUGGCCUUCAAAGCCAAGGGAUACUUCGGAGACCCCUGGAACGUGUUUGACUUCGUCAUCGUCAUCGGCAGCGUGGUGGACGUGAUGCUGAGCGAGAUCGACGCGGCGCUGGCCUCCUCUGGAGGACUCUACUGCCUCCACGGCUGCUCGGCCGUGGACCCCAUGCAGGCCAUCGCGUCCUCUGAGAACAUGAGUGUGUCCGUGACGUUCUUCAGGCUGUUCCGCGUCAUGCGCCUCGUGAAGCUCCUGAAUCGCUCUGAAGGGAUCCGGAACCUUCUGUGGACAUUCAUUAAGUCCCUCCAGGCUCUUCCCUACGUGGGCCUGCUCAUCCUCAUGCUGUUCUUCAUAUACGCCGUGGUGGGAAUGCAGAUCUUCGGUAAGAUAGCGCUGGUGGACGGAACGUACAUCACCAGGAACAACAACUUCCAGACGUUCCCUCAGGCGGUUCUGCUGCUGUUCAGGUGUACUACCGGGGAGGCGUGGCACGAGGUGAUGCUGGCCUGCAUGUACGGACAGAAGUGUGACCCGAAGUCUGACUUCCUGCCCGGCGAGGAGUUCACCUGCGGAGCCAACGUCAGCAUCGUGUACUUCAUGAGCUUCUACAUGCUGUGUGCCUUCCUGAUCAUCAACCUGUUCGUGGCCGUCAUCAUGGAUAACUUUGACUACCUGACACGUGAUUGGUCGAUCCUCGGCCCUCAGCACUUGGAUGAGUUCAAGAAGAUCUGGGCAGAAUACGACCCUGAGGCAACGGGGCGCAUUAAGCACCUUGAUGUGGUGACGCUGCUCAGAAGAAUUCCUCCUCCUCUGGGCUUUGGAAAGUUGUGUCCACAUCGUAUCGCCUGCAAGAGGCUGGUCUCCAUGAACAUGCCUCUCAACAGCGAUGGAACCGUCACCUUCAACGCCACCUUGUUCGCCCUCGUUAGAACCGCCCUGAAAAUAAAGACUGAGGGUAAUUUUGAACAAGCCAACGAGGAGCUGAGAGGAAUCAUCAAGAAGAUCUGGAAGAGAACCAGCAUGAAGCUUCUGGACCAAGUCAUCCCACCAAUAGGAGAUGACGAGGUGACGGUGGGGAAGUUCUACGCCACCUUCCUCAUCCAGGAUUACUUCAGGAAGAUGAAGAAGAGGCAGGAGGAGUACUACGGCUUCAGGCCCACCAAUAAGAGCGAGACCCACGAGAUACAGGCAGGACUGAGGAACAUUGAGGAGGAGGAGGCGGCUCCAGAGCUCCACCGAGCCAUCUCUGGAGACCUGCUGACCGAAGAGGAGGUGGAGAGAGGAAACGAUGACGCUGCAGAGGAAGAGGGCAUCUUCAGGAGACACGGCAGUCUGUUCCGGAGCCCGUCGGACCCGUUCUCUGCGGACAGUGAGCCGGCCAACCAGGCGGCGAGCCAGCGCCCCCUGCAGCUGGCGGGAGGCAACGACACCCUGAACAACAGCCACACGGACCACAGGUUCUCCACCGCGUGACGUCAUCAGCCUUCCUCCGCCUCAGCAGACAGGACGUCUCGUGUUCACUUUCAACUUUAAUAAACAGAUUAGUGACCCUAAGACGCAUGUUAAAGAACUUCAUCUUUCCCCAAACGACGUUUAUGACGUCGUUUCACUUUGUAAAAGAAUAAAACUUAAGACGUGUUGUCGCUUUCCACGUAAACCUGUCAUACACAUAAAUAAGUCACGUCUUCAGUCUGAAGAUUCA